AUGGCAUCGUCAAACAAGCAUGUCGUCUUUGACGUCGUCGGCACUCUCAUUAGUUACGAGAAUUUCUACAUCGCCACCGAGGCCCGCUUGGGUCCGCGUUUCCGCGCCCUGGGCAUCGGCAGCCGGCUCUUCUGCUACUGCUGGAUGGAAGCUGGCGAGCGCGAGUACACCUACCUCAGCCUCGCGGGCAAGUACAUCCCCUUCUUCGAUGUCUUCAGAUCCUUAUUCUAUCGCACCUUGCAUCAAGCCGGCAUCGAGAAUCCGCGGCAGUUCGCGAAGGACGAGGACAGAGAGUUCAUCCUUGAUGCAUAUCGGAACUUGAAAGCUCGUCCAGGUGUCGCAGAGUGUUUCGACAAGCUUCGCGUGGGCGGAUUUCAGGUGUGGUGUCUGACGGCGGGAGAUGUCAAGAGGGUCGGCGGGUACCUGAAGGCUGCGGGCGUGGACUUUCCAGAGGACAACUUUGUCUCGUGUGAUAGCAUUGGUGUUGGAAAGCCGUCGCCCGCGGCAUAUCAGUUCAUCCUGGACAAGUUCCCCCAGGAAGAGAGGGAGGCUUGGUUCGCAGCUGCGCAUAUGUGGGACACCACAGCUGCGAGGCCGUGUGGAUUCAAGAGCGCCUGGGUCUCCGUGUGGGAAAAGGAGACGUGCUCGGAUAUAUUUGGGGACAUUGAGGUCAUUGCCGACGAUUUGCCUAGUAUAGCGGACGGCAUCAUUGCAUACUCGGCCAAGGGGCAUCAGUGA